UGGAAUAUACUCGUAUGAAAAAGUGACGUCUCGGCCAGUCCAUAUUGAAUCAUGUCUAUGGUCUCUUGUUUAUUUUUUUUUAAUUGGCGAUUGACAUAUAUCAUUGGCACAGACUACAGUAUUCUGUGAUCACUGGUGAUUGGUGAUGGUAAGAGAGAAGUGCACAAUUACGUUGAAGGGAAGAGGCGAUUCCGAAAACCCUUGAUGACAAAUAAGUGAUGUGAGAAUAUUCCCAGAAUUUCCCAAAACAAUCUUGGGGUUUUUACGUACUAGAAUAGUAUACUGUAAAAAUGGUGCAGUUUUGACAGCCUGGUAUUCACUGAAAUCUGUAGCAAUUUCUGUAUCUGAUCAAGUGAUUCAUAAUUGUUUUGAUACUUUUGUUUUUGUUGAAUGCUUUUGAAAGUAUUCAUUAUACGAUUGAUCAUCUAAUUAAGAAACUUUGUCAAACAUCAGGACAAGAUGGAUAUAUUUAUGGCACUUGCAAUUUUCGUUAUUUUCAUUAUUCUUUUCACAUUGUGCGGCUGGUGUUGCAAGAGGAAACGCGAGGGAACUGUUUAUGGGUAUGGACCCUCAGUGACAGUUACAACGCACACUACUUCUCAACCAAGUCAGUCACCGUUAGUCGUACCUCCAUAUCCAGUCGAUCCUCGUCAUCCGACGCCAUAUUCUAACGCACCAAACGCAGGAUUCAACACCCAUCAGACUCCUUACCCGACGCAUGCUACUACAAUGCCUUUACCACAAUCAGUCACGGGAUAUCAUCUUCCACCCGCUCCACCUGCGGGGAUGACGAUUUAUCCUGCUUUCCCUAAUGGUUCUCACCCUUAUCCACCGAGCGGUCCGACCCCCUACCCACCUGGAGGACCCAGUCCGUAUCCCCCGGCUGGUAACGCAGCGCCUUACCCCCCCGCCGCUGGAGACUACAGUGCCAACCCUCCCCCUUACGACGUUGCCGUUUCUACACCUCCCGUGCAACCCCUUCCCGUGAAGGAGGGCUAUGGAAAGCAAGCUCCGUACAAUCCGCACUAUAAUUAGGUUAUGUUUUGUAUUUUCAUAUUUUAGGUUAAGUUUUGUUACUUAAAUGUUAUGUUUUGGAGUUCGCCGGUGAUUUUCGAUCUGGUUGUUGUUUUAAAGUGUAACUGAGGCCUUCCACUUGUUCGAGAUACAUUUAAUGGAGUUUUUGAGAGGCUUGAAUAAAGUUUGUAGGUACCAGAGUUGUCUUGUAGAUAUUGGGGUUUACAAAACAUAAAAUAAGUUUGGUAUCUUUGCAUUUUAAAUUGUGAAGGGGGGGGAGUUGCAUCCAAUGUCUAAAUUGCUCAAUCUUUCGAUUUCCCUAAUCCCGGGGGGGGGUGAAGAAAAACCCUGAUGAAAUGUCGGAUGUGUGAUGAAGUUUUUAUUUUGUUUUUUAUUUGAGAGACAUUAUGAAACUCAAAAUAGGGUAAUUCCUGCUUAUGAAUUCCCUUGUGGAGAUAUACAUCAGUAAAAUUUAUUUUGGAAAUAUGGUAACUGACUGUUUAAUGUGUCAUAACAAUAUUUAGUCGAACAAAUUUACAAGUGGUAUUUUGUUAUUCUAUGGAUAUUUUUUGUGAAUGUUUUAUGUUGAUUUUUGGACAAUAUUUGAUUUCUAACUUCUCACAAUAAGAAGUGAUUUUCAAAAUAAAUAUUCAAAAGGAAAGUUGAAUACCAG